CAAGGAUUUCAUUCAACGUCUCGAUCCAAUUCGUCGGUUACGUAAUACAUACAUCAUCACCUCUUUCCCAUUAACUCGCCAAGAUCAGACCGCCAAACUUUGUGUGUAUAUAUAAAACCUCCACAUUACACACGCAACAACAUUUCCCGAAAAGAUCAUUUCAUUUUCCCCCAAUUUCAUCUCAUAAUUCAUAUCCCCCUUUCUGUCUUCGUCGGAACCGAUUGCAAUGGAGAAAGCAAUCAACAGGCAGCGGAUCCUCCUCGAUCACCUCCGCCCUUCUUCCUCCUCCGAUCACGCCCAUGACUCCCAUCUCUCCGCUUCGGCUUGUUCGGCUGGGGACAGCGCUGCCUACCAGAGGAACUCGGUGUUCGGCGACGAUGUCGUGAUCGUGGCGGCUUAUCGGACUGCCUUGUGCAAGUCCAAACGUGGAAAUUUCAAGGAUACAUUUGCCGAUGAUUUGCUUGCGCCAGUUUUGAAGGCAGUGAUAGAGAAAACAAAUCUUAACCCAAGCGAAAUUGGGGAUAUUGUUGUGGGAACGGUGUUGGCACCGGGAUCACAAAGAGCCAGUGAGUGCAGGAUGGCCUCAUUCUAUGCUGGUAUCCCUGAAACCGUGCCUGUCAGGACUGUUAACAGGCAAUGUUCAUCGGGUCUUCAGGCAGUUGCUGAUGUUGCUGCAGCUAUCAAAGCUGGGUUUUAUGACAUUGGCAUUGGAGCUGGGUUGGAGUCCAUGACCGUUAACCCGAUGGCUUGGGAUGGUGAUGUGAACCCAAAAGUGAAAAUUUUUGAACAAGCUCAAAAUUGCCUUCUGCCUAUGGGUGUCACUUCAGAAAAUGUUGCUCAUCGAUUCAGUGUGACUAGGAAGGAGCAAGAUGAAGCGGCAGUUGAUUCCCAUAGGAAAGCUGCUGCCGCUACUGCUGCUGGUAAAUUCAGGGAUGAAAUCAUCCCAGUUGCUACCAAGAUUGUUGACCCGAAGACUGGUGACGAGAAACCCAUCGUAGUUUCUGUUGAUGAUGGGAUUCGUCCUAACACAACUGUGGCUGAUUUGGGCAGAUUGAAGGCCGUCUUCAAGAAAGAUGGAACCACUACUGCUGGAAAUUCAAGCCAAGUGAGUGAUGGUGCUGGGGCUGUAUUGCUCAUGAGGAGAAGUGUUGCAAUGCAAAAGGGUCUACCCAUCCUCGGAGUGUUCAGGAGCUUUGCUGCUGUUGGUGUUGAUCCUGCCAUAAUGGGUGUUGGUCCAGCUGCUGCAAUUCCAGCAGCUGUUAAACUUGCUGGUCUGGAGCUUGAAGAUAUCGACCUUUUUGAGAUAAAUGAGGCAUUUGCUUCCCAGUUUGUCUAUUGCCGCAAGAAGCUUGGACUUGACCCGGAGAAGAUCAAUGUCAAUGGAGGUGCAAUGGCCAUUGGACAUCCUUUGGGUGCAACAGGUGCUCGAUGUGUGGCUACUUUGCUGCAUGAGAUGAAGCGCCGUGGUAGAGACUCUCGCUUUGGAGUCAUUUCUAUGUGCAUAGGAACUGGAAUGGGAGCAGCAGCUGUUUUCGAAAGAGGGGAUUGUGUGGAUGGUCUUUGCAAUGCCAAGAAAAUAGACAGCCAAAACCUCUUAUCCAAAGAUGCCAAGUGAAAUCCGAUCGUCGCUGCUUGGGGGAAUGAUUCCCGGAACCCUCUAUAGGAGAGGGCAACACAAUAAAGCAUUUGAUCUUCUGUUUGUUUAGAAAACUGGAAUUUGCCAAACCAGGUUUGGUUAUAUCGCAUUUGAUACACCAUUUGAAGGAACAACUGCCUUGAUCUUUGGCAGACCACGACCGUGAUGUCUUUGUUACUGGCCUUAAUCCGCGUUUAGUUCAAUGGGUACUUGCUCGCAUUUUUACUGCCGGAUCGUAUUUCUGCCUGCUUCUAGCCGAAAUGUGUGUUCCAUUCUAUAUCUGGCAUGGUCUGGAUUGAUAGAUUAGACCAGUACAAAUCAAUCACUGGUUUUGAAACUUUA